AUGACCAUUAAUCGACCGGCGUACGAUGUUCAGCAACAUCCUGCAACGGUACCAACAGUGAACGACGUCGACGACGACACGACCCGAGCCGGAAGCUACCCGUUCCGGUUGCACUUACCAGCGACGGGCGCAUUUUUCUCGCACCGGUACCGUCCUUUGUCGUUUGCUUUUCUGCUUUUUCUGCUGCUGCAUCUGUUUGCGCUUGCCGGGUCGGUUUGGUCGCAUCCACGCAAUGAGAAGGAAAACUUUGUUAAAACCACUGACGUGGAAGCAAUCGAAGACCAGCAGGCCACUCUUUACUGUCCGCUUCUAGCAUCGAACCGCGACAAAAUCAAUAUGGUGCUGUGGUUUCGCGACAACGCUGGAAUUCCUUUGUACAGUCUCGAUGUACGGGGAAAAUCGCUCAACGAUGCUCAACAUUGGUCCGCGCCGCAGGUGUUUGGUCCACGUGCCCGUUACGUGAUCGAAAGUGAUCCAGCAUAUUUGGAAUUGAACGAAAUUAAACGUCACGAUCAGGGAAUUUAUCGUUGCCGGGUUGACUUCCAAAAUAGCCAAACGCAAAGCUUCCGCUUCAAUCUCACCGUGAUUAUACCGCCAUCGCAACCCGUAGUUCUAGAUCGCUGGGGACGUGUCAUAAAUAGUACAAUAAUAGGACCAAAGGAGGAAGGAGAUGAUAUACUGCUGACGUGCCGUGUGGUUGGAGGCAGACCGCAGCCCGAUGUGCUCUGGUUCAUCAACGAUAAUCUGGUGGAUAAUCAGAUCGAACAGAACACCGGAAACAUUAUCGAAAAUCGUCUGCUGUGGACAUCCGUCCAGCGUCACCAGCUGCAUUCGGUCUUCACGUGCCAGGCGUCCAACACGAAGCUGAUGGAACCCCGUACGAGCAAGUUUGUGCUCGAUAUGUACCUAAAACCGUUGGUGGUGAACAUUCUGAACGCAACCGAAUCGCUUGCCGCCCACAAGGAGUACCAGAUCGUCUGUCAGUCUACUGGUGCGCGUCCGAAUGCGGUCAUCCAGUGGACCAAGGGCAAAAAGACGCUCAAACGCAUCAAGGAGCACUCGAUCCGCAACACUACCUACUCCGUACUGACGUUCGUGCCAACGGUGGAGGAUGACGGACGGUUGUUGGGUUGCCGGGCCCAGAACCCGAAGGUGGCCGGCCUGUUCCUGGAACACUUCCAAAACAUCAGCGUGCACUAUCCGCCGGUAGUUGUGCUUCAGCUUGGUUCCACACUCGCGAUGGACGAUAUCAAGGAGGGUGACGACAUCUACUUCGAGUGCAAGAUACAAUCCAAUCCGUCAUGGCGAAGGUUAACCUGGUUACACAAUGGAGUGCAACUACCUCAGAACUCGUCGUCAACGAAAAUCGUUCGCUCGAACCAGAGUCUGGUCAUACAGAAGGUGACACGUUACUCGAGCGGUUCGUACCAGUGCGGAGCACUCAAUUCCGAGGGCGAAACGCUUAGCAAUGAGAUCAUACUCAACAUCAAAUAUGUUCCUCUUUGCGCAACGGACAAGAUUAUAAGCAUCGGUGUCUCGCUGGACGAAACAAUCACCGUUAGUUGUGAUAUAAUAACGCACCCAUUGGCAAGCAAGUUUUACUGGCGUUUCGAAAACUCGGAAGAGGUACUGGAGAUUGAGCAGCAUCGAUUUUCCAGCAAUGGUUCGACGAGCCAGCUGCACUACACACCGACCAGCGAACAGGAGUACGGUACGCUGUCCUGCUGGGGUACGAACGAGAUCGGAACAAUGGCGGAACCGUGCAUUUUCCACCUGAUUGCAGCCGGUUUGCCCACCUCGGUUAUCAAUUGCUCGUGGCGCAACUUCACCAACGCAUUCGAGGUGAACUGUCACCAGGGAUAUGAUGGUGGACUGAAGCAAUCAUUCGUGCUGGAGAUGCUUUCUAGCCGUUACCCGGGACACAGCAUCAAUCUCACCAACACCGAGGAACCCAUCUUCAGCAUCACAUCCUUCGACCUGCUCCGACAGCAGCUGCCCGCCGGAGGACAUCGCCAGCCGGACUCGCUCAAGCUGUACGUCUACUCGGUCAACCAUAAAGGUCACAGUCCGCGCAUCUUUAUUGCGGAUCUCUUCAUACCGGGCGCACUCGACGAUCCCGCACCGAGCCAAGACCCCAAAUCAACCCUGCUGACACCCAUCCUGAUCGGGCUGUUCCUAACCAUCGUACUGAUCAUUAUCAUCAUUAUUGUUAGAAUUUAUCUGAAAUCGAAAAGACUUAAACAAAAUAUUAAUAAAGAAAAGCGAUACACGGAGGAGUCGAAAAAUACGCUUCUGCUGGUCGACAUAUCGAAGAAGGACAAACCCACGAAAACCACCAAAUGGAUGAACAACGUCGGCAGCAGCAUUAAAACGAAAACCAAAGUAGAAACUAUUGACGACGAGCAGGAUCCCGAUCUGAUACCGUAUCCCCGACUGACGGACAUCCACCAGGAAGAGCUGAUUCCGAUUAACUCGACCGGUUCCGCAUUUGCUAUCAAGCAGCACAUCACCCAUUCGCCCCAGGAGCUAGAACCGGACAAGGUGGACAGGGAUAAGGGUCAGGAUCGGUUUUACCAUCAGGCAAACCACCAUCACCAUCAGCCCAUCAUAUCAAGCACCACCUACCGGGACGAGGAGAUCUCCGAGGCGGAAAUCAACCUGAAAGGAAUUGAAGACUUCCUAAUGACAAACCGAGUGCCGGAAAGCUGUGUGUGAUAUCUAUCCUUCGCAAACCGAUACCGGUGCUGCUUACCCUUCCUUGCUCAGAUGGUCAGCGCACGGCAGGCACAAAACGAAAAGAACAAUCGAGCACCAAGCGCGCCGAAGGCCCCGUUCACUGCCGACUGUGUCGACUUUGUCGACGAUCGGAUUGGAGUGAUUCAAUUUGUGCUGUCUAUCAUUCGUACCAUUUUAUUUUUGUGAGAAUUCGUUCGAAUCGUUCACUCGAGUUUGUUGUUUUGUGUGGAACCUAAAAGCAAAAGUUUUCGAAGUAACUUCUGGCCAACUGAUGGUGCAUUAAAUCAGAAAGUUGUUUUUUCCUGCUCUACUUAUUCUCUUCGGGAAAGAUUGAGUUUGAAGGGCGCACAAAGUAAAAGCACGUUUCAAAGGUGUUUUUUGUUUGUUUUUUUUUGUGGAAAUGGAGGUAAAAAUAUAAAAUUUAAACAAAUCGAAUCGUUGCUGGAGUAAAUUGCUUCCUAAUUUUAAAGCUCUGUACAAAUUGGAAAAAUACGAAGCUGUUUUAAAACGGGCCGGCAAGGAAUAAUGUUCCAAUUUAAAGCUUAAAUUUACAACUUUAAGUAGGAGCUCGGAAUGUUCAGCUCAAUAACGGAUACAUAAUACUUAAUCUUGGUCCCUUUCAAUGUAUAAAAAAGCAAAAACAAGCAAACCAAAAAUGUAUUUAAAGUAAGAAACAUUCGGCUAAACAAGAAAGUAUCACAAGCGGAACCGUGUGUGAUUGGCGCAACGAAUGGAACCUUUUUAUGUUUUGGAGCGCGGAAUCUGCCCACUAAUGCAAAUGGUGUGGGUAUGCAAAAGGAUGUAGUAGUAAUAUUCUCGCUAAAUUACUCAAGAAGUGGAAACAUCCUGCUCUAUUCAAUAUGGACGUGUACCUAACUAGGAUCGAACGUUAAUCGGAUAAGGAUGUUGUAAGUGUACCGCUGCUAGGUGAAUGAACUCUUAUUAUUGAUUCAUUAUGUUUACUUUUAUUGGUCAUAUUCUAACUAUUAUUGUAAUAAACGGAAACGGAAAAUGGCAUUGUUUGUAUAAUAAAAGAAUUUUUCAAUAAAAU